GAAAAUAUCUAGGAGACGAUUAUUGCAGUCUGCUAGCUGCGUCCCAAUAAAUGGUAAACAACAGUGAAACUCUGACAGCUCAGAUAAAUUUAAUCGCUUUGCAUUCUGUUCAGGUUAUAUAAGCUGAAAUUUAUUCGCUCCCUUCCUUUGAGGGAACCCACUUCAUGUUUAAUUACAUGAAUCUAAGUUGAAUAGAACGUUUGUGCCUGGAAUCAACAAGCUCGUCACUUUGUUUUGUAUAAUUUCUAUCUUUUAAGGGUUUUGUCCAAGCUCAGAUUAUCAAAAACGAUUCCGGGGCACUCAACACUGUGGCAAGAGCUUGAUGCUACAGUCCAGCUUUCUGCCGAAGAAGUCUUCAAAGAGUAGCCUCGGGCACUAGGUAAUGAGAAUUGCAGAGGGAACAGCUCAACUUAAUACAGGAGCCCUGAUUCCCCUAAUUGGGUUGGGGACUGCAACCAGAAAUCUGAAUGAUGAGGAGAUUAAAGCUGCUAUGACUACUGCUCUCCAGGUGGGUUAUAGACACUUUGACACAGCAAGCUAUUACGGUACAGAACAUGCUCUAGGAGAAGCUCUUAAUUCAGCUUUCCGGAGUGGGAUUGUCAACAGAGAAGAUGUUUUUGUUACCUCCAAAUUAGGGAACACUGAACACGAUGACCCAAUUGCUGCAAUCAAGAAUAGUUUGAAGAGUUUACAACUGGAGUAUGUGGAUCUGUACCUUAUCCAUUGGCCUGUCAAGAUGAGAACACGUAUUCUAUUUUCCCAGCCAAAAGAAGAAGACUUCUUGCCAUUAAAUAUAAAGUCCACUUGGCAGGGAAUGGAGCAGUGCAUGGAGACGGGGCUUACCAAAGCCAUUGGGGUCAGUAACUUUUCCUCUAAAAAAAUUGAAGACCUACUGAGCUAUGCCAAGAUCCCUCCUGCUGUUGAUCAGGUGGAGAUGCACCCACUAUGGCAGCAAAAGAAGUUGAGAGAGUGUUGCAGCAAGCAUAACAUUCAUGUGAGUGCAUGGUCUCCUCUGGGAGCUCCAAAUAAUCCAUGGGGUUCUAAUGUGGUGAUAGAUAACCCCCUUAUACAAGAAAUUGCUGAAAAGCAUGGAAAGACUAGAGCUCAGGUUAUUUUAAGGUGGGGGGUAGAGCAGGGAGUGAGUGUGCUGCCCAAGAGCUUCAAUGCAGGCAGAAUUGCUGAAAAUUUUCAAAUCUUUGAUUGGUCAUUGACUCUGGAUGAUCACGACAAGAUUUCCAAGCUUAAACAGGGUAAGAUAUCUACAGGGCAGAAAUUUGUUAAUAGCACAACCAGUCCCUACAAGACCGUUGAAGAAUUAUGGGAUGGGGAGAUUUAAUAGAGCCAUGCUCCUUGGUUUAAUACAGUCACAAGUAAUUGAGACUUUUAUGAAGAUAUUUUAUUGAUCUAUUUACUUAUUCAACUGUGAAUGUUAUUAUUAGCUUUGGGAGAAUUAUAAAAAGGAAAUAGGUUUACUGGGUACAACAAAGGUUUCUAUUAGUGCAAAUGUUUACAAGGAGAGAUCAGAAUGAUACAAUCUGUCAUUUUGGAGCUCAAAAAAGUAGAAAUCUAAAAUGGAGUUUGUAAGAAAUUGUGACAAGGUUUCAUUGCAUUCUACAAAACAGUUAAAUCUAUUAAAAUUAUCAAUGAAUAUUUGAGAAGCUUUUGAUGUUGAUUUAA